GCAUCGGCGAAUCGGCCGCAGGAUGCCUCGGACGCAUUUUUGCCCGCGCCACCUACGCAGCAGCUUGCGCCGCCCGCGCUGUAGUCAUCAUCAUCACAUGCGCCUUGUUUGUGGGAAAUAUAUUCCGAACGUAUAUGUCCCGACAGUUCUGACCGGCACUUCGUCAGUGUUGAUAUUGCAUGCUUCGCGGUUAGGAAGGCGGCGUGAAGUGCCUCACAGUCGUAUAGCUGAAGGGAUGAAGCGCCAAAGCCAUUAAAUUGCGAAGGCAAUGCAGAAUCUUGCCCUGCAGUUUGGCGACGUCCAGAGAUGAGCGUGAAGGACAGCCCCCACAUCACCUAUUCGCUGUCUGCUCGCUGCACGCGAACAGCUGCGCUGCCGUCGGCACGGUGAAUGCUGUGGAGCCGCUAUCGUUUGAAUGCCCUGUGAACUGGGACACCCUUUUGCCAUGGCUCCACUGAAGAUUCGUCUUUUGAAGCUAAUAGCUAUUGUCAUUGUGAUAGCAUUCCUUAUACUUUACUGGCAGAGCACCAGGACUCUUGACAGGACACCUGUUGAAACAGUGCAGUGGGUGGCUGAUGUGCUUACUGAUCCACCAUCCACAGCAGCUGCAACUCGUGCCAGUUUUCAAGAGAGCCUACGAUUGCCACCUAUCCAGUUUGACGAGCGCAUAGUGCAUUUUGACCUUAAAGGUGCACCACCUAAACUUGAGUACUACGAUGCAGUGUUUCCCCUGUUGCGCAAGCUUGGCGCCACUGGACUUUUAAUGGAGUAUGAGGACAUGUUUCCUUACACAGGAGUGCUCAGUCCUCUUGCAGCCAGUAAUGCCUAUAAGGAGGCUGACAUAGCUCAUAUCUUGUCUUCUGCUCGUGCCAAUCAUUUGCAGGUGAUUCCACUGGUGCAAACAUUUGGCCAUCUUGAAUUUGCACUGAAGUUGCCAGAAUUUUCAGACCUUCGAGAAUUGAGCCAUAGUCCUCAAGCUCUAUGUCCCUCACUGAAUGGAUCUGUUACCCUGGUAAAGGCUAUGCUUGAUCAAGUGCUCCAUUUGCAUCCUAAUGCUCAGUAUGUGCAUAUUGGUUGUGAUGAGGUUUACUCAUUAGGACAGUGCACUCGCUGCGAGAGGCACAUGAAUGUGGCAAACAUCACGAAAGAUAGGCUUUUCCUAGAGCAUGUAGAGAAGGUUGUAGCUCAUGUGACCCAAUAUGGGGUUCGUCCCAUUAUGUGGGAUGACAUGUUACGCAGCAUGGAGGCUAAUGAAGUACAUCAGUGGGGUGCUGCUAACCCUGUAGACCUCAUGGUCUGGCAGUAUUCUCCGAACAUAACCAAGUAUGUGGAAGACCAGCACUGGCUAAAAUAUGCUCGUUUCCAAGGGCUGUGGAUAGCAAGUGCCUUCAAGGGGGCUACAGGUCCAAAGCAGUUGCUCCCAGACAUCAAAUACCAUUUAAGAAACCACCAUUCAUGGCUGCAAACACUUAACAACCACAGGGAACUGCUCAAUAUACGUGGCAUUGCAUUGACGGGGUGGCAACGGUACGACCACUUUGCUACACUUUGUGAGCUUCUGCCAGCAAGCAUGCCAUCCUUGGCUGCCAACUUGGUAUACCUGCAGCAAGGGUGUUUAGAUCAGAUGCAGCUGUCUCAAAUUAAGGAACACUUGCAGUGCAAUAGGCAGCUGCCUGUUUUUGAUGAUGCAAGCAGCCAUUUGCUCUUUUGUCAGUUCCCUGGUGCAAAGGUACUCACGGGAAUCCAGCAGCUAGUGACACUGUACAAUCAAAAGAAAGUGAUGGAAAAAAACAGUCAUUAUGUUGGAUGGCUAGAUAGUUAUCAUGUUCGACUCUCAUUUGUCAGUCCUGAUCACAUUGUUGAGGCAACUAAGAACCUGACUGAGCUCCUGAGCACAUCGAAACAUCUGCACAAGUUCCUGGGUGAUGCAAUGUCUCAAUUGUAUGACGUGCACACUGUGGUAGAGUGGAUAGGUACGUUUCUUGAUCCACUGCAUGCUGAGCUCACACUACUUGAACAGCAGGUCCAACGGCUACUUAAUUACAGCAUAUGGCCUAAGAGACCACUAGAACAGGUAACGUGAAUUAUUACAAAAAUAUGUCAGUUAUUGCUGUCACAUUCUAAACUAAGAAGAGGUCAGCAGUCAUUAAAGCUUAGAAAUACAAUUUUAUAUUAAUAAUUCAUGUAUUUACAUUCAUGAGCCACAUGCACUAUUGGAGGGAGCUUCCCAUUGAUAUAGGACCCUUAGUGUGUGCACCUCCAUCCUUCUCCCUGCUUAGCCAUUGCUCCGUUUUUAUGUCCACUUGAGGCACUUUGAUUUUUCCUGAAACCAGUGCACACCGGUGUUUUUGUAUUUCUUGUUCACUGAAACAAUGUCCCUGCAGCAGGUUACAGUCCAAUAUGCCACACAAAAUGUGUAAUUAGGGUAAGAAGCACUGUUGAAAUUGAUAGGAGAAAAGACAACACCAGGAGAUGUUGAAAGCUAAGGCCCAUAGCCUUGUGUUACGUGAAGGUGCUGUGCCAACUGAGGCAUUGUAGUUGCUUCUCUACCACUUUUAUUGCUUCAUUUGUUAGUAAGCUGCAUGUAUAUUAUGAAAUACACAUGUAGCUUAUUUAAAUAUGUUAACCAACAGUACUCUUGACAAAAUCGAAUCGUGCUUGAGGCCGCAUAGUGUGUGAUUGAAGUUAGGGACUGGAAACCUAGAUGGACUUCUCUUAUUUUAUGAAUGGUAUCAAGGACUGUCAAAUUAGAAACUCCCACUGUUCUGUUGGCUGCUGGGAAUUUGUGAGUGCGGGAAUCAAUAUGAUCUAGCCCUCACAGGUGCCUUUUGUUUCUGUUUCUUUUACUACGUCUUCACACUAUAUUUGAGUGGCACUUUUUACAUAAACCAUAUGAAGAAUCUGACAAUGAAGAUACAGAAAGUAUAGUGAAAAUGAAUUGCUUUGUUUAAUUGAAAUGACCUGCCGUUGUGGCUUUGGCAUUACGCUGGAAAGCCCAAGGGCACUGAAUCAAAUCCCAGCCACGGCGGCCACAUUUAGAUGAGAACGAAAUACGGAAUCGUUAGUGUGUUGUGCAUUGAGUGCACAUUAAGGAACUUCAGGUGGUCAAAGUUCCAGAGGCCCGCACCGCGGCGUGCCUCAUAAUCGUAUCGUAGUUGGGGGCACGUAAAAUCCCAGAAUUUAAAUAAGUAUAAUUGAAAUGCGGAAAUAAGAUAAAGGGAAAUGAAAGUGGACAAAAAUAACUUGUGGCAGGCUCGAGCUGAACCUACAUCUUCCGCAUUACACAUGCAGGGACACCCUCCCACCGUAUGUGUAAAAGAUUAGCCCUAGAAGCGUUAGCCAGCGCUGCUUGUGGCCACAGUUGAGGACUAACAAAAAAAUAGAACCCUCGGUUCCCUUUAUUCUUCGCACUCUUUACAUAAACAGGUAGCCCAUUCCAUGACCUCUUUGUUCAUACUCCUCAAGGUUGUAUGAAAUUGGAUCUUAUGUUGCCAUAAGCGGUACUCUUCGUUGCCAUCUACUUUACUUCCACAGUGUAUUCUGAUUCACUAAACAAUUAUCACAGCACCUUGCCUACUUAUGUGGCAGCUUGGCAUAUUCCUUAUCUAUGUGCUAGCAUGAUAAAAAGCCAUCUUUUUGAGAUGCAAGUAGUACAGGUCAUGAUUUGAUAUACAUAUUUGGUUCUUGCUAUAUAUCGUGCUGUGUCAAGCUUGUGUUAAAUUUUUUGUUUUUUAUCCACGUUUAUUUGGUAUCCAUCAUUUAGCUCUUUCAUGACCAUAGGCCAUAGGCCCCGACAUGCAGUAUGCAGGCUCUGUACCCACAAUGCCUUUGCUUGUGGCCCACGUUGCCCUUUCAAGCUUUCACUUCGUUCCCUCUGUAUAGUUGCCUAAGCUUUAAUUAAUGUUCUGAAUACCUGAAGCUCCACAGUGUGACCUACAGAGAGCUAUGAGCUAAGCACGUGGCCAAGUUUCUGGCUUGAACUGGAGAAGUAUUUUGUCUUAGGAACAAAAAUGCAGGAAAAAAAAAAAAAAGCGGGGUGGGGGUGCAAAAACAGGCAUACCAAAGCAAGGGCAACAAGACAGUGUUUCUGUGUCCUGCUUUGAUGUCCCUGUUUUUUCGUGCUUUUGAUCCAAGAUAGCCCGAUGCCCAGCUUGUAUUAACUCCAUAGUCUGCUUUCUUGCAUUGCUCAGGCACCUGUAAAUGUCCUUUAUGGUAGUGAUUCAGCUCCCACAAAGUUUUUUUAGGCUGUUUAUUCAUGCAGGAAGCCUGUGCACAUGCUAUGUCAGUCAGCUGUGGAUAGCUUGUAGGUCUUUUUUUCCAGGACCAGGUCAUACAUAUUGUGAAGUCAAUUUUAUGUGUAUAUGCACUUAUCAUUCGGUUUCACUAGCUAGUCUGCAACAAAACUUCAUGCUGUGCUGUUUAGAGCUCUGUACAGUAACUUGGGUUGGUGCUUUACUAUCUGGUGCAGUUGUUGGGACUCUUGUCUGGAGCACUUGAGUGGCACAAAUAUGGUACAAAUACCCACUGCUUUGUUUUUUCAUGUUGUCAAAAGGUACAUUCAUUCUAUCUACUAUAUAUACUGCAGCUAUCAGCGCAAUAUACCUUGCGUAUUGCAAAAAAUAUUAAGGCGUUUUCGUAUUGUAAGCAAUAAUUUUCGUGCUAUCGCUGAGCAUGGCUUCCAUUGCUGCAAUUGCCUGUAAUCACUGGUUAAAAUGCCGCACGUCACAAAUUUUCGAUUGAGCACGUACAAAAACUUGUUAUCUCUGCUUUUGUUCCGUGGCCCUGUGGCGCCUUCCGUGGUGUUCAGAGACAAUUUCAGCUGCAGGAUCUAUGAUGGCCUGCAAGGCAUAAAAAAAGUUUCACUUGGUCUUAUCACUCUGGCAGUGCAUGCUCAGAUGUGAGCUAUCUUGAACCAGGCGGUAUCAGUAGAGGUCACCCAUGCAGUUCAAAGCAUGCCGUUUGAUCACUCUAGACAACAGUGCCAAUGACUAUACAUUUGAAAAAGCGUAUGCAAUGAUUUUCUGUAUUUUUGUUGCCACCCUUGAAUGGGAAAACUAGACUGCUUAGCUUUUCAACAGAAUUCUUCACAGCCACCACAUUGCUUCAUCCCCUCCCAUCCUUUUUUUGUGUGUGUGUGUGUUUAGUAGAAAUACAACAAUUCAGUAUAUACUGAAUCCGUAAUGUAGCUUGCAAGUGUCGACAGGUUCCUGGCUUUUGCAUCCCCCAUAUCAUUGUUUUUCCUGGUUUCUGCAGUGCUACAGCCUAGCUGCUCUGAAGUGUCUGUGGACUAGUGUGUUAUGCCUGACGGGCUUCCAAUUAACCAAACUAAAAAGUAGCAAAAUUACAGACCUCGGAUAACUAAAAAUAGCCAAAAAACAAAAGAAGGUGCUUAGAAUACAUGUUGCUCUGUCAAUACUUAAGUUCCCCGUACAGUUGCAACUCUUUGUAACAGAGUUACAUUCGAUAAAAAGAUACCUUCGUUGCAUUUGAUGUUCAUUGUAAGCAUAUAUUCAUUAUAUGCUGAUAUUGGUGAGCGACAUUUUAGAUUUACUUCAUUAUAUCUGAUAAUUAUAAAAUAUUCGUUAUAUUGAGACUCAACUGCAUUUCCACUACCUUUCAAAUCACUGCAAUCGUCACACCACAUUCUGACUUAAUUUGUUCGGUGUUAUCAUGAAGUUAAUGAUGAGUUAAAUACUGUAAAGCUGGAUAAGCCUCUGAUUCCUAACUAUGUUGGUGCAGGAACAUUGGAGGCUGAGUACAAGCAUGAAAUAUGGAAUUGUACUGCCAUGUAUUUUUAUUUUUAACACGAUAGCGUUAAGGGCACCGUCUCACAGAAAAUCCGGUUGGUGUCGGCGGCAUUGUCCGUUGGAGAAAAAUCAUCUUGAACCACGCAUCCCGAACCACGCAGGCCCUGCGCGUGGUGCAUAGGCGUUACUGAACCAAUUGAAUUUCUCAAAGUAAAAUGCGUCAGAAAAUUGAUAAUGUACGACUUAAACACAAUCUGCAGGCAUGGAUAGCAUCGGAUUGUAAUUUGAAUAUAUGAGAAAACAUAUUUCUGUUAUGCAAAAACUCAAACACAGAGCCGUUUUCCAGCUGCCAUUUGAGGUCUGUCUUAGUGGAGCGGCACACCCCACUUGGUUCCUUGCAACACCAUCCAGAUAGUGCUCGCCUCUGCGCAUCUGCGGCAGCGGCGUAUCCUGCCGUGCAGGGGAAAGAAAGAAAAAAACAAGAGCAGAAAGCUUGCCUUCAUGCAUAGCGUUUGCCGCCAACCUUUGCAGGUAAACAUUACGGUUACAUAAGCUGCAGUUGUCGGGAAGCAUGAGAAGCAGUUGGGGAUCUUUGAAUGCUAUCGUGUUCCACUGUUAAAGGCGAAGCUUAAGCAUCCUCCAAGUUUUUGUUGAUGAUGUAUAAGUUUAUCUUCCUGGUGUUCAUUGCUACUGUACUUGAGAUGAAAUGGGCCUUGAGAAAGAGAAAGACGCAGCUUCCUAUUUUUAAAGAGAAGUUUUAAGGUUGGCGCAUUGCUCAACACUGGUGUUGAAAGUAAAUGCCAUUAGAACUUGUGUGAAAAGAGGCAUAAAUGUUUGAAUCUUAUGUCCUCCCAAGCUAGUUCUACGCGUGAUCACUGUUGCAGCAUUUAGCUAAAUAAGCUGUUUUUGUUGCCCUGUAAUGAGUAUUGGAAUGAAAAAUGGUAGGCACAAUAGGGGGGCAGCAGUAUAUAUUAGGGAGCCAGUGUGGGUAGCUGAUGUUCUAGUUCAGAUUUUAAGAUGAAGUGGAGUUUGGCAGGUCGUGUAAUGCAUAGAGCAGUUAAUAGGUGGUCUGUUAGACUGGCAGGAUGACAUGCUGAGGAAACACAGCCAAGGGUUGCAUCGAAUUAGGUGAUAAGGUUAGCAAAUUUGUUGGCUCAAGAUAAAGUUAGCUGACACUAGAUAGAAGAUGCUACAGGAGAUCUCUAAGAGUUGCUUGAUGUGGUCCUGGCAGUGGACAUAAAUAGGCUGCUGCCACUGAUGAUGAUGAAGUUGAUAGGUAUUUAAAAAAUUCUGCAUGUUUUUCCAUGGAAUGAUAGUAUGUGUUCUUGGAUUUUGUAUGUAUAUUUCAGAAAGAAAAAGUGUUUUCAACAUUCUCAGUUUUCACUGACUAGCCUGCAUGUGAGUGAAUUUUUAGUAAGGAGAAUUUACGACAAACAUAAAAAUUGGCAUGUAGUUAGAAAUGUAGGCAGCCUUUAGCAUUGGUUCCUUAAGAGGCCUUGGGGAACGAGGCACAAACUAAUGAUACUGUGUGAAAUGUGCUUCUUCCUUACUCUGUUUUACUCCGCUGUUUAAAAGCCCCAGUUAGCUUUAAUGUGAGUGUGAAGUCCGAAUUACUUAAAUUGAUUUCAAGCUGUUACGGCUAUUUCAUUCUCACACCUGCUGUGGCAGCCAUUUACGUAGUAGUCAUUUCACUUCACACAUCACAAUUUUUGUGUCCAUCAUUUACUGAAGUGCCUUCCUAGUUGUAAUUGUUGCCAAAUGCUGCAAAUACCUCAGUUUAUUGCAGGUGUUGUAGUUGUUGCACCUAUAAGCACUAUACUUCAAGUCAUUGAGCUGAUCAUCUGCUGUGCUUUCUUGUUAUCAGUAUGCAAAGGAAAUCCACGGGCAGAAAUUUUCACUGACCUAUGUAUGCCUGGAUCACUUUUGCAUGCACACAUGCCUGAGGCGUACUCCUAUCUGUAAAAAGAAAAUUGUAUCAUAGCUAGCUUGAUAUCUGUCUCCCACUCAAACAGGUACUUCUUUACAUUGUCAGAAUAUUAUCAUUGUUGAUCCUGUUCUCAAAAGUAUGAAUCUUGCAAUCUAGCCGCAGAUGUCCACAUGAUAGAUGCACCUUUGUGUGAGAAGUACCACUCAAGGUGUUUGUAAAAUAUCUGGUACUGUUCACAUCUCUCAACACGCGCGCUGUGCUGUUCUGCACUUGCUGCAGUGUGACAGCUUUCUGUACUUAUUUAGCCACCAACCUGUCAGAAUUUAUUUUCAUUAUACUGUAUACUGCACGAUGAAAAAUCUUUCAGGUUUCUUUAUAAUUAUCUUUUUCUUUAUCAUUUUAAACUAAGCUGCUUUGGUGGUGUUAUCAGUUUUCUUGGUGAAAGUGCAAUGAUUGUAGGCAUUGAGAGACAGUGAUCACAGAUGGUAUUAUUAUUAGAUUUCUGGUGGUGGUGUAGACUUAGUUAAAUUUGUUCUGAGGUUUCUGAGGUUUCACUGUGGCAUUGAUUGUUGGUCACAUUUAUAUGCUCCCUUAGUUUGUCUCUCAUAAAAUGUGGUGGUCUGAACACCUGUAACAAAAUGUGUGGGCCUACUGAUUGCCCUCUGGUGGGGCUUGCUAAAAAGCCCUGCCACCACUUACACUGCUAGGUGUAGUUAAAAUCUGGCCGACUAUGAAAGCACGUUUCAAUGACUCGGCUCCAUUUGAUGGCACAGCUGGUUUUAUCACUGCAUCUGGUUCAUUCUUAACUUCCUUUAGCAUUUAUUGAGGCAAGACUUUGUUGUUCCUUACUUCACACUCGUUUGAGAAAAAAAAAAAAAAAAUCACAUGACACUACUUGUGCCAUACAUCAUGCUGAAUCGGUUGGUUCUGAUCAGCCCCCUGAAACUUUGGGCCUGUUCAGUCAUUGAGAUGGGAACCACCUUGAAACAUCAAGUGCUGAUGCCUCCUCUUGUGGCACAGAAUUGUUCAGGUCUUGAGCUUGAGUGAGACACUUAUGGCGACCAUGGUGGGAGAUCACCCUUUUCCACCCUUAGCAACCAUUUCCCUUCAUUUGUACUAUGUUGUCUUUUAUAUACUGUGCAUUUAUAUGUUUCUGGCAAUGCUUACUGUUUCAACAAAUAUGUCAGAAACUUGGAUCCACAUUUGCUUGGACUAAAACAGUAUUAUAUAACUCCACAGGUCUCUUGUAUAUAUGUUUUCUCAGAGUGUGGUAAACUAAAUAACCUACAGUGUAGAUGUGGCAUGGCCUUUGUGCAACGUACUUAUUAUUCAGACUAAAUGAAAAUUAAUAUCCUAUAAUGAAGAGAUCCAUGACAGUUCAAGGUGUGUGCAGAAGUUAGUUUCCCCCGCUGCUAGCAGGAAUUGUGCAAAUAUUGCAUCAGUGUUGCCAAAAAAAAUUUUUUUUUUUUGCAUGUUAACAGCGGUAAGUAAAAUGUUUAACAUGUUUUCAAAGCAAUAUAUUGUUUGUCUACUGAGGCACUGAAUGUUGCAGUUGUAAUUAGAUUACAUUGCACUCUGUAGUGUUAGCUUUAUGCUACAGAAUGCAAUCUGAGAAUUGUAGAGAAUAGUCUGAGUUCUACCAGUGCAAAGAUUUUUAUUCUUCUAUAAUACUGAAUGACUGUAAUUUACACGUCUCGAAUACUCUGUCACUUAGUCAGGCCUGUGCAGAAUAGAACGCUGGUGUAAUUAACUCUCGUAAUGCUUCAUAUUAUACACAAGUUCUAAGCCAAUUUUAUAUGUGUCAUUUUUUAUGGGUGGACGACUGUGACAUUGUCUUAAGGUAUUUAGUAGUGCUGUACUAUAACACUGCUUAAGUGAUUAAAAUAAUUGCCGCCUAUUGUAUCAGCUCUCUAGCUGGAGCUUUUCUUUUUAAUUUUCAAAAAUAAUUGACUUGGUAUUUGUGUUUUUGUGCAUAAAUGAAACAUUAUCUAUAACUGAAGUAUUAGCAUUGUGUUCUUACAUUUAUAUGUGCCUUUUGGGAAAUCAUGUGUAAAGGUACUCAUUAUGAUAGUAUUUGUGUUAAUGCUGUCAAAUAUAUCCUAAUGAAGUGUGUACAGUUUGUUUAUUUUGUAGCUUAUAUGGUCACUGUAAUUGUGAAAGGAAAGUUUGACUGCUUCCAGAAGUUUUGCACUUGUGUAAGGCCCUGAUGUAUAGUACCAAGAAUUUCUUACAGUCUGUGUUUGACAAAGGACUGUUCACCUGCUUCAAUUCUUAAUAAAGAGUACCAUAAACACAGCAGGCACGUGAACAUCCAUUUCUUCAGCUUUGUGUUGUACACCUUAGACUAAAGAUUUGCAUGGCUAUUUGCUGUUCUGUACGUACACAUUUUGAUAACAUUUUCAGCUAGUCUGAAGCAGCCACCUAAUGAGUUUGGUAUGCUGGAACGAUUUCGUUGUAGGUAGCCAUUUUUUUUUUUUUCAGUAUGUGCUGCAUAUAGAUGAUGAUGUGUGGUGUUUUAUGGCGCAAGGGCCAGGUAUGGCCAAAGAGCGCCAUGACAAAUGGUAAUGCUAUCACUAAAUUGUGGAUGGCGUAGACAAUAAAUUCCUCAUGGUAGAUAUGACAUGGCUGUAAAAGGGCCUAAAAAUUGUCGCUGUAAAUGACGUAAAACAUGUAAGUGGUAAAAUAAUGACACUGACUAGUUAGUGAUGUGGGCUAUGGCAUUUGGGUUUCGUAACAAAUGUGCAUGAUGUAACAAAUAUAACAUCAAUAUUAGCGCUUGAAGUGAGCCGUUGAAUACAAGAGCUAUUAUUCACGUGCUAAAAAUUACCUGGCCAAAUGAUAUUUAAGGUGUCUGUUUCCGUUAGGAAUUCUAAGACUGUUUUCAGGUUAAAAAGCGGUUCAUAGCUAAGAAAAUAUGCUGGGUGAAGAGGUAUGUUUUCGCGAUAUGUAGAGGGGGAAUACCUUUUCCUCCCUGCUUCUAUUGCAGGGCACUGAAUAAGAACAUGAACAACUGUCAGAAUAUUGCCGCACUUACUACAAGUUGGAGGAUCACUCCCAGUCAAGAGGUAAGAGUGAGUACUGUAAGUGUGUCCUAUUCUUAAUCGACAAACAAGUACUUCCUUAUAUCGU